CACCAUGUUUUCACAGCUUUAGACUGUACUGUGAUGAAUGGUAACCUGAAGCAGAUAGACGCUGGGUCGGGCUCAGUGGUUGGAGUGAACAAUCAUAAUGAAGCGUUUGUCAUGAUUGAUAAUGUGUUCACAAAGAUCAGUACGUCUCUAAAGCACUUCAGUGUUGGUCCUGCUGGUCAGCUGGGGGUGGAUUCAGCUUACAACAUCUUCAAGCUUAAGAGUGGCUCCUUCGUUCAGUUUCCAGGGCUUCUCAAACAGGUGGAUGCUGGAGGUGACCAGAUCCUUGCAGGUGUCAAUAAGAAUGAUCAAAUAUAUUGCGCAAAUAUGGAUGCUAACAACAACUGGCCAUCCUGCACUUCUCCUUGGGUUCAACUUAAUGGAGGGCUGAAAUAUUACAGCUGUGGUCCGUACAGCUGUUGGGGAGUGAGCGCAGAUGACAAAAUCUGGAUCAUGAGGGAUGUGUCUAAUAAUGUCUGUUCUGGGUCCGGCACCUUUGUGAAUAUUGCUGGAUCUCUGUCCAUGAUUGAAGUAGCAACUGAUGGCAGUGUCUUUGGUAUCAACUCUAAUGGGAAUUUAUACCAAAGGUAA